AUGGGGCAGAAGGGAUAUUGGAUUGCAGCAUCAUGUUUGUUGAGUGUGCUGAUGAUGGCGGACUCGGCCCAGUUCACGACACGAGUUCUAACUAUCGAUUCACAGAGAAGGCGAGAUGGGGGUGGCAAUCUCAAUAUCAAGCUCAAUGUCCACCCUAGGUGUUCUCGAGUUUUGCAGCGGGUUGACUGUAGUGGGCUGUCUGUUGAGGCAGACAGGGCACGGUACCUUUGCUUCCAAUCGCUGCUUCGCCAAGAGAAGCUUCAGUCGGAUAGCUUUGUUGCGAGUUUUGGGAAUGGGAAGCGCAGCAGCGACUCACUGGCAAACAUAGAGAGGCGAUUUGUACAAAGCCACACGUCUGUGGGUUUGUUUGCAUGGAGAGUUGCGUUGGAGAGAGUUCAAUGUAAUUGGGCAAUGACCAGUGGCUGCACCCCUCACGUGAAGGAAACAAUGUGGACGUUGUUUCCGUCCAUAGCAAUGACGUGA